AUGGCCGCGAAGUCGGAUGGAGAGGCGGCCGCGGCCGGCCCGGGGCCGGAGGGGGCGGCCGGAGGAGCCCGGAGUGGUGCGGGCGGGCGCGGGGAGGCGGCAGCGGCGGCGGCCGAGGGCCCCGGAGUGACCGGGGCUGGGGGCUCGGGGCCGCGCUACGAGCUGCGGGACUGCUGCUGGGUGCUGUGCGCGCUGCUCGUGUUCUUCUCCGACGGCGCCACGGACCUGUGGCUGGCGGCCUCCUACUACCUGCAGGGUCAGCGCACCUACUUCGGCCUCACGUUGCUAUUCGUGCUCCUGCCCUCGCUGGUUGUGCAGCUGCUCAGCUUCCGCUGGUUCGUCUACGACUACUCGGAGCCUGCGGGCGCCCCGGGACCCACCGUCAGCAGCAAGGACAGCGGCACCGGCGGGCCUUCCAUCAGCACCAAGGACAGCGCCACCGCCUUCCGGACCAAAGAAGGCAGCCCCCAGCUGGGUCCCGGGCCCGAGCCCUCCUCGGCCAGCUCCUACCGCCGCCGCUGCUGCCGCCUCUGCGUCUGGCUGCUGCAGACCCUCGUCCACCUCCUGCAGCUCGGCCAGGUCUGGAGGUACCUGCGCGCCUUGUACCUGGGGCUGCAGAGCCGCUGGCGCGGGGAGCGGCUGCGGCGCCACUUCUACUGGCGGAUGCUGUUCGAGAGCGCGGACGUGAGCAUGCUGCGCCUGCUGGAGACCUUCCUGCGCAGCGCGCCGCAGCUCGUGCUGCAGCUCAGCCUCCUGGUGCAGCGCGGCAGCGAGCCCGACCUGCUGCCCGCCCUGUCCACCUCUGCCUCACUCGUGUCCCUGGCCUGGACGCUGGCCUCCUACCAGAAGGUGCUGCGGGACUCACGGGACGACAAGCGGCCACUGUCCUACAAGGGCGCCGUGGCCCAGGUGCUGUGGCACCUGUUCACCAUCGCAGCUCGCAGUCUGGCCUUCGCGCUCUUUGCCAGCGUCUACAAGCUCUACUUUGGCAUCUUCAUUGUGGCCCACUGGUGCGUCAUGACCUUCUGGGUCAUCCAGGGCGAGACAGACUUCUGCAUGUCCAAGUGGGAGGAGAUCAUCUACAACAUGGUGGUGGGCAUCAUCUACAUCUUCUGCUGGUUCAACGUCAAGGAGGGCCGCAGCCGCCGCCGCAUGGCCCUCUACUACUGCAUCGUCCUGCUUGAGAAUGCCGCGCUCACUGGCUUCUGGUACUCCAGCCGCAACUUCUCCACCGACUUCCGCUCGCUCAUCCUGGUCUGUGUGGUGGCCUCCAGCUUCGCGCUGGGCAUCUUCUUCAUGUGUGUCUACUACUGCCUCCUGCACCCCAACGGGCCCAUGCUGGGUCCCCAGGCGCCUGGCUGCAUCUGCCCGGAGUCCCCAGGACCCUGUGGCCCACCAGCCGACGCCGUCACAAGUCCCCCAAGAUCCCUGCCAAGGACUACAGGCGCUGAGAGGGAUGGGGCCUCAGUGGGGGGCGAGCGUGCAGGGACCCCCACGCCACCUGUCUUCCAGGUGCGGCCUGGCUUGCCUCCCACACCAGUGGCUCGCCCUUUGCGGACAGAAGGGCCGGUCAUUCGGAUUGACCUGCCCCGGAAGAAGUACCCUGCCUGGGAUGCUCAUUUUAUCGACCGCCGGCUCCGGAAGACCAUUCUGGCGCUGGAGUACGCCUCUCCUGCCACGCCUCGGUUGCAGUACCGGAGCGUGGGGACCUCCCAGGAGCUGCUGGAGUACGAGACCACGGUGUAGGCCACAGUCUCCCCCACAAGGAGGGACAGGCUUGGCUGACCCCACAUCAACCACAGUGUUGAGCCCGGAAUUUCAGGGCCACCCAGCUAAAGGGGUGUGGAUCUGUUGGUCCAAGGGUAGAGUGGCCCACCAUUGGGUUCUUUCAGGGGAGGGGACAGCCCUGUGGAGGCCCCAGCCCUAGGCCCUGUUUUCAGCCCUGUGGCCCAUUUCCUAAACUCCCCUGAACUAGGGCCCAGGGAAUCAACUGGUGCUACACUCCUCAUUAGCUGCCCCAUUUUCAC